AUGUCCGUCUUCACCAUCGUCCACCGAGCCCUCCCACCACUCUCCCUCUGGAAGAGACGAACAAGCCUAAAAGGCAAAGCGCCUUCCACAGAGAUCGAGAUCAGCGAAAAGAACAACCUUCCAGAAUCUACCCCUGUUCCAAACCCCGAAUAUGACCUCAUGCACCGUGACGUCUAUACCACCGUUCAGGUAGCGGUGAGCGCAGACGCAGAAACACAGCCAACCCCACCCCCGGAAAUCAUCCCGGAUGCCAGACCCGAGUGCCGGGCUUCCUCCAGCGAGACACUUCCCACGCGCGCACAGCUCGCCCGCGCUGUCAGUUGGGCUAGUAUUGUCCGCAGUCAGGAUCGGUGGACUGCCGAGCAGGAAAAGGAACUCGUGCAUGCGCAGAGACAGUUGGAGAAAUGUCAAAAGGCCUGGAGUUCUGAGCAAGAGGUCUGGUUGGUCUAUGUCCAAGCAUUGAGCGAGGAAAAAGAAGCACAUACGGGAUUCCUCUCUGCUCGCCACCGACAACAAGGCGAGGAGCAGCAUCAGUUCCGCAAGGCGUGGAAACGACGUCGAUCAUCGGGCGAUGAAGAGUCUCACCAGUCUGAGACCGAGACUGCCAAUCGACUGGGAAAAUUGCGUCGCUUACAGCGCUAUUCAUAUUCAGGGCAGCAAUUGGGCGCUGGGACGGCUCUAUCGGUUAAAGGAUGA